CGAGUUUUCACUUUACACUACCGAUUCACUCGUACUCUUUUAAUCCAUAUAAUAAUAUACAUGAUAAUAUAAUAUACCUAUCACUGGCAAAUCAUCGCUCCAAUACACUUUUAUCGACCGGCACUGACGUGAAUGAUCAACCUCGUAUUACCUGUAUACAUAGGAUUAUUGUAUUUCGAAAUAAAUGGACUUUACACUACAAACACUAGAUAUUUCGAAAACGUUAAAAUAUGUACACGUAAAGGAUAUUUUAUGAACAAGGAUUAGCGUAAAUGGAAUACAGCAUUUAAACAAUGGGUAUGGGACUAAGGCGACGAGGUGGCCGGCGGCGUGCAGGUCGUCGUAACCGACGAGUUGGUAUUGGUAGGAGGAGAAGAAGGUUUGGCCGACGACGCCGUGGUAGAGGAGGCUUGGGAACAUUGUUGUUUCUGUGUUGUAUGGGCGGAGCAAGAAGAAAUGUCAGUUAUGGUCAGGACAUCCAAGAGCUACAACAACAACAAAUGUUAAUGCUGCAGGCAUUUGGGAUGCAGCAACAGAAUUUACAGAUGCAGUAUCCGCCUAUGGGCCAGCCUCAGUUUCCACAGCAACCACAGUUUCAACAACAACAACCACAGUUUCAACAACAGCAACCACAGUUUCAACAACAACAGAUGCAGCAGACGACGUAUCCAGGUGUGGCGAUGACAUUUUCCAGUGAGGAAGAGAAAACUGAGCAUUUGAAAGAACUUCAAGCGGAACAAAUGGAACUUUUAAAUGAAAUCAUGAGAAAACAAGCGGAAGAAAAAGACCCUGAAAAACUUCAAGAAUUGUUCAAAGAUCAAAAUGAUCUUAUUCAACAAAUGAACCAGUUGCAAACUGCAGGCUACGCCUAUCCAGAGGCAAUUCCGUCGGCGCCACCAGCACCGGCAUCUGUACAACCUCAGUCAGUACCAAUGGAAUCAUGAGCUUAUCAACUUUUAAAUGAUGCUCAAACUUUACAAGUUACUACAACAUGUCUUUCGUUAUUCGUGUUUAAUCACAACUAUUCUUGCAUAAAAACUACUUUUUUCACUGGAUCCGCGGGGAAAAAAACAUGUAUUAACAAGGAGAAUCACGUGCUAUUAAUAUGAUUUUUAUUUUUGAAAUGCUUUGCAAAAAAAACGAAAAUUAGUUCUAAUAUUAUGUCCGGAAAAACACGCUUACGCUAAAUUGACGUCACGUUAACGGACGAUGAUUUGUUGUGACCAUGUAUGGGCCAAUUCGUUUCACUUUUCGGAGUACGCCGUUUCGACGCGUUGCCGGCACUUCCCGGGUCUAUCCGGCGUACGCCGAUGUGCGCCGGUCUUGCGAGUAUGCAGAGCGGCGAAUCAUAUAUAUUCGCGAUACAAACUAUGAUCGGGUAAACAUAAUUAUAGGAAUUUGGGUAAAUACCAGUAAAGGUAGAAAUAUACUGCAGGAAAUGUUUUCUAACUUAUUAUAAACUGGCCACGAUAGAUAAUCAUAAUAAAUUGGAUUUUAUUAUUAUCAAUAUUAUUAUUAUUAUUGUUAUUAUUAUUUACUGCUCACGCGGCCGGCUCGUUUAUCAAUAAACCGGCGAGAAUAUUUUUCUUGGAGCUCACGUGACCGGCAUGUCCCGCGUUGAGUGAAACGAAUUGGCCCCAAGAAACAGCGCUACUAUAUUUUAUCUUCUGUUUAUUUUGUUGUUGUUGUUUUUGAUAAAAGGCAUAUAUCAGAAUCGAAAUAAUAUAUAGCAAAAUCGUGUUUUACUUAAAUCAAUACGCUCAAAAUCGGUUAUACGUCGUCAGAAUAAUUCACUCGGGCCACGCCCUCGUGAAUUAUUCCGCGGACGUUCAACCUCUUCUUCAUGUUUUAAUAACGUUAAAACAUUAUUUCUUAUACAUUAUUUCUGAUGCAUAUGUGGUAUCUGCGUUGUGUUUUGUUCCCCAUAAUAACCUCUUUCUGAAGCAUUAAAGAUACAAUCUAAACCGAA